AUGCAGAUAGCAGGACAGCUAAUUGAUGUCAUGAACUCUGCGCGCUUUUCGAUGGGCCACAUCUACUACCAGCUCAGGUAUUGGUUGGAUUGUCUGCUACUUAAAUGGGUGCCUCCAUCUCUCCCAGCAAUGCAACUUGGGCUUCAUGGAAGCUCUCAAAAUCCUACUAUGGUACAAUUUUUCACCUGGGAUGCCCGGCACCCAGACAUGAGCUGGUGGGAACAUCUUGCGAAAGAAGCCCCGCACUUGGCCGUAUUGGGGUUCACGCAGAUCUGGCUCCCUCCGCCGAACAAAGCAAUGGAACAGACGGGUCGCGGAUAUGAUGCUUAUGACUUGUGGGAUCUUGGCGAAUUCGAUCAGAAAGGCUCUGUUGCUACGAGGUGGGGAACAAAGGAAGACCUUUUGAGAGCUUGUGGUGCUGCAAGGCAAUGCAAUAUGAACGUUAUCAUCGAUGCAGUUCUCAAUUCGUGCACCACGGUACAUAAGCACAAACUCGGUGCAGACAGAACAGAGGCCUUUCGUGCUGUACGCGUCGAUCCAUUAAAUCGGUUGCGGGAUAUCGAGAACGAGAGACCAGUCAAGGGCUGGACUGCAUUUGAUUUUCCUGGACGCCUUGGGAAGUAUAGUAGCAUGCGGUGGAGUUUUAAUCAUUUUACGGGGUUGGACUGGGAUGAGCUCGCGCAAACCAAGGGUAUAUUUCGCAUUUCUUCAGAAAUACACAAAGGUUGGUCAAGGUGGGUGGACACUGAGAAUGGGAACUAUGAUUAUCUCCUGGGCGUCGAUAUUGACCACCGUCACCCUGAAGUACGAGAUGAUCUAUUUUCGUGGGGCUCGUGGAUCCUUGACACCACAGGCGCCUCCGGGUUCAGACUGGAUGCCAUCAAACACAUGGACCGCAGGUUCCUUCUUGAGUUUAUCAAAAGAACUCGGAACCACCCAGGCAGGAAGCGAUUGUUUGCGGUAUCAGAGUAUUGGUCAGCGAAGCCCCUGAACGAGAGCAGUUUGCAAUCUAUAACCCCAUAUAUUCGGGCGUUCCAUGGCCAGACCUCCUUUUUCGACGUUCCACUGCACGAGAACUUUCAUAGGGCAAGCGAAGCAGGUGCUUCAUACGACCUGAGGACCAUUUUUGAAGGUUCCCUGGUAAAAUUGAGGCCAGAAGAUGCUGUCACUUUCGUUGAUAAUCACGACACGCAAAUUGGCCAGUCUCUGGAGAGCUGGGUGGACACCAACUUCAAAGCUCAAGCGUACGCCCUCAUCCUACUGCGAUGUCACGGAUAUCCAUGUGUUUUCUAUGGUGACCUGUAUCCCAAUGAUGAGUGCUUUGACGAGGGCACCUCUCGCAUUCUGAAAAAUUACUUCGAACACAGAAACUGUAUUGGGUUCGUGCGCAUGGGCGAUUCCGAUCAUGCUGGGUGUGUAGUUGUGCUUAAUAAUGAUCCUAUGCUGGACCCAACUACGUCCAAAGUUCGAAUGAACGUUGGCAUACACCAAGGAGCAACGUUCCACAGCUUGUUUGACGACACCCGAACUGUUGCAAUUGACCAUGACGGUUGGGGAGCAUUUCCUUCUUCGGAGGAUUGUGUUGAGGUCUGGAUCAAAACUGGAGAACAUUAAUAGUCAAUAUUUCCAACAGACACUAGUAUACUAGUACUGCUUAUCUACAUAUUGUAAGAACGGAGCGAUUUCCAAUUGGUGUCGACGCCAUGUGCGCGAGCUUGAUCCAUGAUGUCCACCAGAGUUCGCG